CUCAUCACAAAAAACGACACCGUUUCAGUCCCAACCGGCUCAUUCAGCCAAGCCAAGCCGUCUAAGCUCGGGUCGGGUCCAAAAUGAAUUUUUAAUUUUGGAGGGUUUUCGAAAUCUCUGCAAAAUAAAUAAAAAAAAAUAAGGUAAAAAAAAGAGAAGAGGGGGUUCCAGAAUAAAGAGCUCUGCCUCUACGUUUCGGUGCAGCCAGUAGCGUUUUCCGGUUCUCCUCUGCCCCCGUUUCGCCUUCUUCCGCGUUGUUUUCUUUACAUUUUUCUCCAUAUUUCUUGUCUCUCUCUCACCCAGAAAAAGAGGAAGGAGUGAACUACAGAGACCCCUUUAACGCGCCUAUCCCAUCUCUGCUUCUUUCUUCUCCUCUGUUCUCAGAUCUCUCUUUCUCUCACUCUUUAUUUCACUUCAAGCUAUGAGUAAAGAAGAGUUCUUGAAGAUCCAGAAAUGUGUUUUGAAGGUCAACAUUCAUUGUGAUGGAUGUAAGCACAAGGUCAAGAAAAUCUUGCAGAAAAUCGAUGGGGUUUUCACAACUGAGAUCGAUGCAGAACAGGGGAAAGUUACAGUCACUGGUAAUGUGGACGCCGUUGUACUCAUUAAGAAGCUGUUGAAAUCCGGCAAACAUGCAGAGGUUUGGGGCGGACAACCGGGAAACAACAAGAAUCAGCAGAACAACAUAGCUAGUCAGAUGAAAAACAUGCAAAUUGACAAUGCUAAAGGUGGGAAUAACAAGGGUCAGAACCAGAAAGGCGGCGGCGCUGGCGGUGGUGGUGGUAAUGGUAACAACUUGCCGAAAGUUGGACAAGGGCAAGGGCUGCAACCGGCGCAGCUUCAGCAGCUACAAGCGAUGAAAGGGUUUCAAGAUCUGAAGCUUCCGCCUCAAUUUAAUGGCUUGAAAUUGCCUGUUAAAGAUCAGAACCCGAAUCAGGCGAAGGCUGGGAAGUUUAAUUUGCAGGAGGGUGACGAUCUGAGCGAUGAGGAUGAUUAUGACUAUGAUGACGAGGAUGAUUAUGACGAUGACGAUGAGUUUGAUGAUGAUUUGGGUAAUCUUCACCUACCUCCGGCGAAUAAGAUGAAACCCAUGAUGGGGAAUGGCCAGAUUCCGAAAAUGAUGAUGAAUGGGAACCAACCGGCGGUGAUGAAUGGUCCGGCCGUCGGUGGAAAUGGCGGAGGUAACGGUAACAAAGGCGGUGGAGCUGUGCCGCCGGUUCAGGGGAAUAACAAUGCCAAGAAUGGAAACGGCGGAGGAGGUAAAGGAAAUGGUGGUGGCGGUAGCGGUGGAAGCAACCAAAAGCAGGGCGGCGGCGGAGGAAAGAAUAACGGCGGUGGUGGUGGCGGUGGCGGUGGGGUGACUAACAAAACUGGCCACGGUGUGGGGAAUGGGAGCAGUAAUGGGAUGAACAGCGGUCAAAAAGCGGCCGGUGGGGCGAACGGAAUGGGUCAUGAUUUACAAAGCUUGGUCGGUGCUCAUGGACUGGGCAUGUCCAAUUUGAGUCAAAUGGGCAACAUGGGUGUCCAAAUGGGUCAAAUGGGCGACCGGCCGAUGGGCCAAAUGGGCAAUAUUCCAGCCGUUCAAGGUCUUCCCGCCGCAGCCCCAGCCCCAACCAUGAACGGCGGUGGCGGCGGCGGUAGGUUUUCGCCGCAGGACAUGGCAGGUCACCCUUAUCAACAGAACCCACAAUACAUGGCGCAAAUGAUGAACCAACAGCAACACCACGCGCUCGGUCACCAACCAAUGAUGUACGCACGGCCACCACCAGCAGUAAAUUACGUACCGCCGCCAUAUCCAUACCCGCCGCCGUACCACCCAUACCCCCCGCCUCAACCAGAACCCUACACGUACUUCAGCGACGAGAACCCCUCAAGUUGCCACAUCAUGUGAAACCCACCAUACCACCACCACUGCCGCCGCCGCCGGUGGCGUCGAUGGCGAAAUAUCAGAUCAAAAUCUGCAAAAGCUACUUGGGAAUGGUCAUCUCUUCCAAAUUUAGCCUUCAUCAUAUUUCACCCUCUUGUUUUCUUUUUUCUUUUUUUUUUUUUUUGGAAUUUGAAGCUGGAUUAGUGUCUUUAAUCAUAUGCUUAAGA